AUGGAGCGCGCAACUAAGCUGCCUGAUGAGAUGAUUGCAGAAAUCUGGAGCUUCUCACGUAACGAUGACAGAAAUCUUGGACCCGUGCCUGGCCCACCAACGCAGCACGAGAUCUUCAUUGGAUACUUGCCACAUGGCACUUGCUCGCAUAUGCUGAUGUUUCCAGACAACAGUCGUUCCCGCGCGGUGCGACUCGGUGAGAUCAUGUACAAGAUCACUCGUCCGGAAACCAAGCCCAUCAAGUCGGAUCGCGCUCUUGGUACAGUUCAAAUAUCUGACCUCCCUAUCCGUCAUUUGGAAGCCUCACCAGCUAAGAUUGAGCAGGUCGCAGACAUUCUUAUGGGAUAUCAGAUUGACUUCACACCCGGUAUGUUCGACCAGAUCUACAAGUUAUGCUACGAGGACAAGUAUGGACAGCUCCCCGAACCGUUUUCUCUUGUGAAAGCGCCGCUCGUGCCCUACACAAUCCAGUUCGUGAUCCUGCCUGCCUCUGUGCCACAGGAUGCCGAUCCAAACCGUUCCUACUAUCACAUCGUGAAGCACGUCUAUCUGCAUCGCAACAAGCUCUCAUCCAAGGACUGUGUCGCCAUGUGCAGGGGAACUCCUAUGAGAUUUGAGUGGGGAAACAGUGUGCGCCUUGGUCUUGCAGCCCUGAACUAUAUGAUGGACGGAAUGGGCGGUCAACAACUACGCCAUUGGAUUAUCAAGCCCAAGUAUGAGAAAAAGUUGACUAUAGAUCAACAACAACGCUCUGCAGGUUAUGAGUUCAUCCGCAACUUCGGGCCCCGAUGCAACAAUCGGAAUCAAUUCAUGGAAUGGACGGACGAGCAGAUCCGCACUCCAGGUGGUAAGUUGGAAAACUGGCCAGAAUCCAAGGUGAAAGAAGCCCUUUCGAACUACAUGAAAGGCAGACAGAAUGCCAAGACCCUUGAGUUCUGGCCCUUCACGCUCAAAACGUUCAUCCCGUGGUUUCUGAACCGUGUGCUCACCCCGAUGUUGCCAACCAUGCGGCAGCAUGCGAUUACGUGGAUUGGUAGAACAAGAACUGGGAAAUCUCUUGGUUCAAAAACCAUUCUAUUCAUGCAAUCCAAGUACGAAAUCAAUGAAGCGGAUCGCUCCGAUCUCGUCCCCUCGGUUGUGACCGCGAAGCAUCUCGAUUUUUUCAAGGAGGAAGACGCGACAGUAUGGGCCCGGUAUUCCUCUGCUCAAUUUGAUCAAGGGGCCGGACGCCACGCGUGCAACAACCCGUAUGACAAAGACAUCGACAAGAAACUCUACAACACCAUGAGCGCCACCAAGGUCUGGCAUGCUGGUCACGACGAGUUUAUGAAAAUGAUCAAACCUUCUUUUCUUGCGAUCGAUGAGGACGAGGACAUGGAUGCCGUUCUUGCUAGGACUCAUCUCAUCGUCAUCACAGACUCAGGUGUUUACCAUCGUCUUGCCAGCACGUCCAAGGACCCUGUCAACUUCAUGCCUUGGGAUCCGAAUGAGCCGAAGGACCUCGUGAUUGCCUCCCAGCACCAUAUCUUCAAGGAAUACAAGAUGAACCCGCACAUUCACAAGUACCCGCCGUCAUACUACGAGGAUCUCGCGUGGUCGAAGUUGGCUCGCCAUCCAGAACUUCUGUCUCAGCCCGUGCUGCGCGCCAAGGUCAAGCAAGAAAAAGUGGACCAAGCAUUCCGGAGUUUGAAAAGCUCGUCUUCGACUGUCAUCGACAUCUCUUCCCCGUCUCCCAAGAAGACCUCUACGGCAUCCGCUCCUUCAUCCGAGAUGUUGCCUCCGCCUUCGGCAUCCGCUCUUUCAUCCGAGAUGUUGCCUCCGCCAAAGCGUGCCAAAGUUCCAAUGAAUCCAGAUUUUCCCGGAUUGCCCCCCUCAGAUGCAGAUGACGAUGACGAUGUCAUUCCGCAAGUUGGUCAUGUACCCGAUGAACUCGAAGACCAACUAGAGCAGCUUAUGGAGGAAGCCGACGGUGAUGACAAGAUGGACAUUGCCGACUGA